AUGUCGCUUUCGGACCUCACGCAGGGCGCCAUCGCCCGCAUGGUCGAGAGCACGGAUACCAGCAACGGAGUGCAGAACCCCGUCUGCCAGAUCCUCAGCAUCAAGAAGAUCUCUUCGACUUCCACCGCCAACCCAAAUGUCGGAGACCGCUACCGCAUCAUCCUCUCCGACGGAGUCCACUUUGCCCAAGCGAUGCUCGCCUCGCAGAAGCGGCAAAUGGCCGAGAAUGGCGAGAUUGACAGGAACUCGGUGGUGCGCGUGCUGCAGUACUCAAGCAACAACGUCCAGAACCGCCGCAUCCUCAUCCUCCUCGACCUCGAGGUGAUUGGCGGCCCGACACCCGAGAGGCUCGGCGCACCCAAGGCGCUCGAAGACCAGGCGCGGCCCGCGGGUGCCGGCGCGCCCGUCAAGCAGGAGAAUGGCGCCACCGCGCCCGCCACGUCGUACGGAGGCGCCGGCGCUGGCGCCAGCGCCGGUUCCACCAAGCCGGCCAUGGGCGGCCGACCGGGAGGCUCGAGCAUGAACGCCGGCCUGCCCAUCUACCCGAUCGAGGGCCUGUCGCCCUACCAGAACAAGUGGACCAUCAAGGCGCGCGUCACGUCAAAGUCCGACAUCCGACACUGGAGCAACCAGCGGGGCGAGGGCAAGCUGUUUAGCGUCAAACUGCUCGACGAGAGCGGCGAAAUCAAGGCGACCGGCUUCAACGACGCCGUCGACCGCUUCUACGGCCUGCUCCAGGAGAACAAGGUGUACCUCAUCAGCAAGGCCAAGGUCAGCAUCGCCAAGAAGCAGUUCAGCAACCUCAGCAACGAGUACGAGAUCAUGUUUGAGAACUCGACCGAGAUCGAAGAGUGCACCGACGCGAGCGACGUGCCAGAGGUCAAGUACGAGUUUGUCCCCAUCGACCAGCUCGAAAACGUCGAGCCCAACCAGACGUGCGACGUCAUCGGCGUCCUCGAGAGCUACGGCGAGGUGUCCGAGAUCGUCUCCAAGGCGUCGCAGCGGCCGGUGUCGAAGCGCGAGCUGACGCUGGUGGACCAGUCGGGCCGCAGCGUCCGCCUGACCAUGUGGGGCAAGUCGGCGGAAAACUUCCCGCAGAACCAGGGCGUCGACGACAAGCCCGUCAUCGCCGUCAAGGGCGUCAAGGUGGGCGACUUUGGCGGGCGCAGCCUGAGCAUGUUUGGCAGCUCGACGAUGAUGGUCAACCCAGACAUUCCCGAGUCGCACGGCCUGCGCGGCUGGUACGACAACGACGGCGCCACGGCCAACUUUAAGCCGUACAGCAACGUGGGCAUGGCGGGCGCCGGCGGCGCGGGAGCCGGAGGCAACCUGGCCGAGCGGCGCUCCAUCGCCCAGGUGCGCGACGAGAACCUGGGCAUGAGCGAGAAACCCGACUACUUCAACAUUCGCGCCACGAUUGUCUACAUCAAGCAGGACAACCUGUGGUACACGGCCUGCCCGUCGGACUCGUGCAACAAGAAGGUCAACCAGGAGAACGACGGGCUGUGGCGGUGCGAGAAGUGCGACAAGAGCUUCGAGGAGCCCCAGUACCGCUACCUGCUUUCGACCAAUGUCGCCGACAUGAGCGGCCAGAUGUGGCUCAGUGGCUUCAACGAUGAUGCCGAGCAGAUCAUUGGCAAGACGGCCAGCGAGCUCUACCAGAUUAGGGAGGAGAACGAGAGCGAGUACACGGCCGUCCUUCACCGCGCGGCCAACCGCAUGUACAUGUUCAACUGCCGCGCCAAGCAGGACACAUUCAACGACACGACGAGGGUGCGAUACACCAUCAGCCGCGCCGCGCCCGUCGACUUUGCAAAGGCGGGCCACGAGCUGGCCGAGGCCAUCAAGGCUUACCUCUAG